AUGCUAAAGUUGCAGAAGGUUGCAGAAAUUUGCUCUAAAACUGGUGUAGUUGAAAAAACUGCAAAGUCUCAAGUUUACGCCAUAAUCAAGGCUUCUCUACCCAAUGUUUCAAAUUCAAAUCUGUAUAAGAAGACCGAAAGAGCUGGAUGUAUUUAUAAGCUAUUCAGGAAGAUUAUCGAUCCUGCAACCAAAAAAGAAGUUAUGGAAAUCGGUAUCGAUAAAGCUUGUAGAAUUUCAUAUGGAAUAAGAGGUAUUUCAGAAUUAAGUGAUGCUCAAAUACUAAAUAUCAUUAAUCGAGUCGCAGAAAAGGCACGUGACAUUCUGACCAAUGGUCAGGAACAAAAUCAUGUGACCGAAAUUUCCAAAAAAAUCUUGCCUAUACCUGAAGAAAAUUUAUCCUUAUCAGCCGAUGUGGAUGGUUAUAUAAAUAUGCUCACAGGAAGUCUUGACGACGAGACAGAUAAUUGGGGGACACCAUACGAAAACUCAGCUAGGAUAGGGAAAGAGGAAGCGAACGAAGUUAAGUUAGAAGAUGAGGUCCCUCCAAGACCUGAAAACGUUACUAGUGAUUCUUCAGGUGAUUCCAAAGGAAUCAGUCCAGACGAUUUGCCCAAAUCUCAAGUAAGUAUACCAUCCACAUCUUUCUCUGAUCAAAUUAGUAAAUCUAACAGAUUCAGACUUCUGGUUUCUAUCUUGCCUGAAGAUCCCGAAGAGAAGCGAAAACAUAUCAUUGGGUUGGUGUUAGAGAAGUUUCCUUAUCUAUCUUUAGAUGAUAGUGAUAAAUGUCGUGACACAUUUAAUCUUGAUGGUUCAACACUCUGUCCUUUGUGUAAUGGAGACCAUAAAGUAAACAGAAGUAUAUUUGAUGAAAUAAAAGGUGAAUGGGGUGAUGGUGAGUAUUACGGAGAACGAACUUAUCGUCUUAUAUGCAGGAUAUCUUAUAAACCUGGAAUCCCAGUAGUAUCUAUAAAAGCAUAG